UUUUCAGCUACACCUCGAAUUGAGCGUUUCGCGGCGGCGGGUUACGAUGCGUGGCGCGUUGUAUCUUUAUUAUUAAUUAUUUGUUGUUGUUGUUUAUACUCUGUACCGUUUUAUUUCCCAUCGCUCGCGUCCGCGUCCGUGUGUGCGUUUGUGUGUGUGCGUGUGCCUAUGCGUUUUGACCCCCACGCCCCUCUCCAGAAAAAAAAAAAAAACGCCUCACCACCCCCCCAUCUGCCGAGAAAUCGAACCCCCAAAAAGUAAAAAUUACUAAAAAGGCAAAACUACGAGACGCGAGUGUGUGCAAGUUUGUUGAAGCCAAAAUACAUCAAAUACAAAAUACAAAUUAAAGCCUUGCAACAUGCGGCGGCUGAUGAAGUUUGUUCGGUUUCAGAUCAAAACAAAAUCAUAGGAUAUAUCGCUAUAUAUACAGUACCAGUCAAUCAAUCAAUAUCGUGUGCAUUCAAAUUCCACAUCGUGCCUAAAACUGCAACUGCAAUUGCGCGCGCCCUCUCUAAACAAAAAACGGAAACGGAAGUGCCAGUGACGUAAUACUCCCUUAAAAAAACCCUGGAGAAUCCCUCCCACAACCUCAUCCUCCUCGAUUGUGCAACACAAACAAAGCCAAUUUCUGUACAUCAUUCCCGUGCAAUAUGCUGAAUGCCAUGAUUUGGCCAUGGCUGACAGUGCGUAGCAAAAGUAUUUACAUAACUGGCCAAACCAUUUUGUACAUCAAAGUGUUCAAGCUAAGGGCCUAAUUAAACCAUAUUGAAAAACAGAUGAACGUUUCCAAGGCAGCGACAGUUCGAAUCGAUGAGAAACAGAUUGCGCCUAAAUGUCUUCCGGAAUUAAUUGUCGUGAAAUUUUCGUAUUUUUGGAAAUUUUGAUUUGGAAUCAAGCAAAACAGAGAAAUCGACAAAACAAUGAGCAUAGCAACAACAAAAGUAGCAGCAGCAGCAACAGCAACAACAAAGAAACCAGCAGCAGCAGCAGCAGCAACAGCACCAGCAACAACAACAACAGCAACAAGCAACACAAUAAAAAUCACAGCAACCGAAGAAGCAGCAGCAGCAACAACGCAGUGAAAGUGAUAAAGCAGCAACAGCAGCAAAAACAACAACUGCCUAAAGCAACCAAAAACAAAAACUACAAUAGCAAUAACAAUAGCAGCAACAGCAACAAUCUGCACAUACUGCAAAAGGGUUGAAG